UACUCAACCAUUAACACUUGCAUACAUCUCUGGAGGCUAGAUCUAUUUAAACGUCACGGCAGGUUGUAUUAUAAGUUGUUUGGCCUGAUCUAUACCUAGUAUCAGAUUGAGUUAGAUCAGUGAACAGCCGUUGCCCGUCGGCCGCCGCCCCUCCCUCCGCGCCCUCCCGACCACCGCUCCUUCCCCGCCUUCCACCUGCGCUGUCCGCCAGUCCUCCUCCACCUCGCUCCGGCACGCAGGGCCCACAAGAAGCGCCCCUUCCAGAAGUUAAUCCGCCCCGGUUUGACUAGGGUUUGUCCCGUCUCCUAAUCGAUCAGAUUGGCAGGUAACUGCCGUUGCCGCCGCGAUGAAGAGGUACGGACUGCAGCUCCGCACGAAGCCGCCAUCGUCCUCGUCGUCACGCGCGCCGCCACCUCCCGCCCGGCCCCUGGCGGCCUUCGCCGACGACGAUGACGAUGAUGUGGAGGCAGAAAUCCUCCGCCAGGCGGCCAAGAAGCGCUCCCUCCAGAAGGUUGAGGAGCAGCAAAAGAAGGCCAUGGAGGAGGAUCCCUCGGUGUACGCCUACGACGAGCUGUACGACGAAAUGAAAGAGAAGGAAGCCCGCCCUAAGAUGCAGGAUAAGGUCGUCCGCGAGUCAAAGUAUAUUGCACAACUUAAGGAAAAAGCAGAGCUACGCAAACGAGAACAAGAUAUAAUAUACGAGAGGAAGCUUCAGAAAGAGAGAAGCAAGGAGGACCACCUUUUUGGGGACAAGGAUAAAUUUGUAACAUCAGCCUACAGGAAGAAACUUGAGGAGCAGCAAAAGUGGCUUGAAGAAGAAAGAGUGAGGCAGCUUCGAGAAGAAAAGGAAGAUGUAACUAAAAAGAAAGACCUGAGUGAUUUUUACUUUGGGCUUGUGAAGAAUGUUGCUUUCGGUGCACAGACACAUGAUAACACAAAAUCUGGUCACCCUCUAAAGGCGGACAAUAAACCUGAGGAUACAAAUACUAGUAGCCUUGAUGCUGAAGCCUCUGAACCUUCUCCAAAGCGUAGAAGAGAAUCCAGUAUAGAAUCAGAGAGGACUAAGAGUAUGGAUAUGGAAGAGCCGUCGGCAAGUCGAAUGAGGGAUUCAACAGUUGCUGCAUCUACUGAGAAAAAUGCUGCUGAUGUUUCAUCACAUGCUAAAGAGAUCCCACAAAACAUUCAGCCAGCAAAGGUUACUGAUGAUCACUACAAGAGAAGUGAUGGCGCACUUGCUGCUGCUAGAGCGCGAGCACUGGCCCGAAAGAAAGCGAAGGACCAGCAAUUGUGAAGUACAAGGCAGAAAAGUUUACCGAUCCUUGAGGUACAAUUUCAUGUUUUAUUCAAUAGGAUCGUGUAAAGAUGUCAUCUGAAAUGAUCUGAUAGCUCCCUUGCACUUUAAGAAGCAUUUUUUAUUGUGGUUGAUGUGUAUCUAUGUUGUAAAAUGACCUCAUCAGAUGCCAUCUUCUGCCAGUAACUUUGGUGUUUUGACACGUCAACUGGUUUGAACUUAUAUGGCCGUGCAAUAGACUGUUUUGCACUGUAGAAUGUACUGAGUUUGAAAUAGAAAGUGUGAUAGUGAGAUAUACUGCUCAGAACAUUUCAUGAAGUAACCUGGCAAGUAUGCAGAUGUGUUAUUUUUAUCAA